AUUUCAGAAACAGGAAGGCUGCUUUUUGGAGCUGUUAUACACAGAAUCACAGAAUCAGAGGGGCUGGAAAGGGCCUCUGGAGAUCCCCAUUUAGUAGUGGGCCCACAUUUUCCCCAGUCCUCCUUUUACCACUGACAAACUUAAUAAAGCCUUUUGUGUUAUCCUUGACAUCCUUUGCCAGACCUAAUUCCAAGUAGGCCUUACCCUUCCUUGUUGCAUCUCUGCAGGCCCUGACGACGUUCCUAUGUUCAUCCAAAGUAGGCAGACCCUUUUUCCACAUCUCAUGGACUUUUUUCUUCCCCUUGAGCUCCUUGCUCAUCCAUGCAGAUCUCCUUCCACCAUUCCCUGAUGUAUUACUCUUAGGGGUGUACCAAUCUUGAGCUCAGAAAAAGUGUUUAAGUGUUGACUGGUUCUUUUGGGUGACCUUACCUUCCAAAGGAUCAUAGAAUUAUAGAAUGGGUCAGACUGGAGGAGACCUUAGAGAUCACCCACUCCCAAGCCCCCUCCAUGUGCUGGGUGCCCCCAGCUCAGGCUGCCCAGGGCCCAUCCAUGGCCUCAGACACCUCCAGGGAUGGGGCACCACAGCUCUGGGCAGUGCCAGCGCCUCACCGCCCUCUGAGGGAAGGAUUUCUGCCUAACAUCUAUCCUAAACCUCCUCUACUUUACUUUACAGUACGAUGGUACUGAAUGUGCUGCAGCUGUGAACAACCACCAGCGAGAGUGUCGGUAAGGCUCACAUGUUAACACAAGUGAGUUUGUGCCAUCAACUGCAGGAGAGAAGCAGCUGCUCUGAGGAGGAGCUCCUCCAGAUGUCACUUUCCCAUUCCCUGCAUCGUGUCUGAAGGAUGGCUGAUCAACACUUUUGCUGUGGUAGCGUUGCAUUGCUUGCAUUGGAUGUACUCUGGUUUUGUGCAGCUCUCUGGGCUGCUGCCGUUGUUCCAUUUGCUGUCCCGGUGUGCUCUGCUCACGCUGUGCUGCUGUUGGCCAGUGACAAACCUUGCUGCCAGGUGGCAGUGCUCCAGCACUCCUUGCUGCUGCUGUGACAGUGCUCCAGCACUCCUUGCUGCCAGGUGCAGUCCCAGGGAAGAGCUUGAUGCAAACUGGGCCGAUUUAAGCAACAUCAUUCAAUCUGGCUGAGAUCUCUGGAUAACCAGGGCAGGAAAUCCUGAUUGCAGGAAGACACGUGUUGCUCUGCUGUACCCUUCAGGUGUUAUCCCUUGGUAACAGCCCCAGCUCAGCACAGGCUGCAGGGAAAAGCAGAGAAAUUAGAAAUGAGAGCAUUCAGAGCAUUCUGUCGUCUUGUUUCCAGCUAAUUGGAGAGACGACUUUAAAGUUUGAGUUUGGGGCUAGUAAGUUACAGGAGAGGUCCGUGAGACUUUAACACUGCACUACUACUGGUUUACACAUCUGAAUUGUUCAGGCUUUAUAGUACUCAGGAGCUGAGAACACACAGCAAUGUGCCCAAAGCCUUGAGCAAUGCCCUGGAUGUGCACAGCCUGCCUACCUUUCCCAGCCCUUGGUUUAUCAAACAAGAUGAUGCUCUCUCCUGAUGGCUCUGACCUAUCCCUAGGAUUUAGUAUCAUAGAAUCAUAGAAUUGCUCAGGUUGGAAAAGACCUUAAAGAUCAUCCAGUCCAACUCCAACCCAACCAUCCUACCCUAACUCUAACAGCCCUCCGCUCAGUCAUGGCCCUGAGCACCACAUCCAAACGGUUGUUAAACACAUGCAGGGAUGGUGACUCCACCACCUCCCUGGGCAGCCCAUCCCAGUGCUUUAGGAUUUUUUACCAUCCAGUUAGGGUCACAGUGACUGUGUUCAGAUACUGUGGGAUGAAUGGGAGGUUCAAUGCAGCCCUGACAUGCUUGAGAAUUAUCAGUAGAAACGUGCCCCUUUUUGUAGCAUUAGGAUGGCUUCAUUUGAGUGGGGAUGCCAACUCACUGACACCCGGACCAUUGCUGAGCCUUGGGUGAGGCAUUCUGAAGGGACAUUAUGCAGUGAGCUUUAUUUCUGGUCUCGCCUAAUCAUAAACAUCUGAUUUUUUGUCUGGGCUUUGCACAAACCUCUGACAAACAGUGUUUGUUUCCUUGAUGACCCCAUAUGAUAAUGAGUCAGCCCUGCACUGUGGGCUGUAUUCUUUCCACACCAGUUACAACACCCCUUCCACCACAACACAACUUCCCGAAUUUUCUGAGAUUAUUGGGCAGAGGCUGGAUUUCUGCAGGGUUGACCUACCGAGGCUGAAUGCUGUGUACACCUGCAGUAAGUUCACCUUCUCACAAAUAUAUUUGAAAAUCCUUACUCAGCCUUCAUGGUAACACAGAUAGGGUCACAUGAGAGGAGCAGAAGCACUGCACCCUUGGGAUCCUCUUGCAGUCCUAAAAGAAAAGGUAGCUGUUAUACAGCAGCAAGCUCCAUGGUGACCAGAUGGCCAUUUCAUUAUGGAAUACCAUACCAUUUGAGUGAAUUGGGAGUCUAAUUGCUUUUGUUCGCACAGACUUCCCUUUAAGAUUAGCUGUAAUGGUAACCAUUUCCUACCUGGAUGAUGAUCUCAUGCUGUUCAUGGUAAAAUCUUCAAGUUAUAGGGGUCUGGAAUUAGAAUUUCUGAAAUCAGUGUGUUUCAAGUUCCUUUUUCUGCCUUUGCAAUGUUUGAUAAGACAAUUGGGGUCAGGAGCACGAAUGGGGAAAGGCGUGCUUCCCAGCUUCACUAGCAAAGCACGAAUGUCAAUACUGCAGCCAUUACAUAGUACUGACUUACUGUCCCCAUAUAUGUGAAUAUGCCCACUGACUUCAGCAGAACUACUCAUGGUUUGCACACUGAACUGAGAAAUGGGCCAUAGAAACUCAUCCCAACCGCCUGAGAGAAAUGGUGGGUGUCUGACUGGGAGAACUGGUGAGCAGAGGCUGAGGUGGUUCACACAAGGAUGUACUCAGCUAAGAGUGGGGAAAAGAGAUGAUAUGGUUCCCUGGGGAGAAAACAUCAUGUAUGAGUGGUAACAGAGAUGUGAAACUCUGUUGUUUUCAUUUGUAUGAAGAACAUAUUUCCCAAAUAUUCCUGAAUACAGCAUGGAAGCAUUCUGGGAUGGGGUUAACAGGGAAGCUCUGCCUUGAUACUGACAGACAUAAAAGACAUUACCCCAUCCCUGGCAGCUUUGAGCCUCACCUUCUUGGGCUGCUGCUCUUUGAGUACGUCAGUACCCAUGGGAUGGUACUGACUGGGGCCGUGGUGGGCAGACUGGGGGAUGGAGGCCAUGCUUUGGUGGGUAACUGUGCACAUGUGUUUUUUGAUGGCCAUUAGACUUCAAUAUGCUCUUUAGAGAUGUGAAAAGGAAGACACACAGAGAUAAAUAAGUUAUUAGAAGUACCCAGUCCAGGGCUGUCCAAAGAGGAAGUGGAGUUUCACACCCAACAGAUGAGGAAGUCACUGGAGUGGGAUGCUCCACGGGAGGAGCAGCACCAGGUGGUGCUGUCAGUGCUCGUUGCCCAGUGCAGGGCCUGGCUGCAGCCUGCAGCUCUGUGGUUCUGGGAAAUGUGUGGGGAGCUGGGGGAGCAGCACCUGGCAGUGGGGAGAGGGCGUUGUGCUGCUCUCAUCCUGCGGAGGUCCAUACUGACAUGGGUGGAGGGCACCUAACGAGUGGCAAAAACCAGUAUGUGGAAGACCCACUAAGCAGGGAGCAAAACAAAGAGAAGGAUUGCUUGUUGGCGAGGAAAAAGAGCUCUCUUGUUUUUAGAGGAACAAGUGUGCCUGUUGCUUUGUUGGCCGUUUUCUUGUGGUUUUCAGGAUUUGCUGACCCCAAGGCUCUGGCUGUAUGACAGAGCACGUGGUGCAGGAGCUGAUGCACGGCCUUUGCUGCUGCAGCACUCGGCUUCCAGGCAGACAGCCAACAGUGCGUCCAUGGGUGCAGCCAUAGGGCCUGGGGAGCCCCCACUGCCACGCAGAUGGAAAAUGCAUCCCCUUAGAGAGGCGAUGUGGUGAGCUGUUACACAAAGCCCUGUGCUGCUCAGUCACCUACAUGAAGCUGAUUACAAUUGGAAUGUACAGACUGGGGCUGAGAUGAACAGGUCAGAAGAGAAUCACAGAGUCACAGAAUGGUUGGGUUGGAAGGGACCUCAAGGAUCAUGAAGCUCCAACCCCAAAACCACAGGCAGGGCCACCAACCUCCACAUUUCAUACCAGCCCAGGCUGCCCAGGGCCCCAUCCAGGGUUGUGUUCAAGGCCCAGGUUGGGGCCUGGGCAGCCUGGUCUAGUAUUAAAGGUGGAGGAACCACGUGAGGUACCACCCUGCCCUGUAGAUGGAUUAACUGUUCAAAUAUGAAAGACGAAACAAUUACUUCAAAUACAUUAGCAUGAGUAGGGAUGGAAUGGUACAAAACCAUGGUGGCUGGAUGUUAAUCUAUUCCCAGCCCAUUGAGUGAGGCAAAGAAGUCUGUGUCUGUGUCUCUCCAUGAGAGGCUUACAGGGCACCGCUUCCAGGGAGAGGCAAAGAACCCAGGCCUGGGCCUGCCAGGAGCUGCCGAGCCACAGAACCAAGGCCUCCAAGGAUGAUGUAAAAAUGCCUUCUAUUUUUCCAUGGAUGAUGUGGAAGUCCAUAAAAGAAGCUGGUUAUCAAGGCUAAGGAAAAUGAUGGAACUGGAGAUGUUGGGAGGAUGGAGAGGCUGCACACGACUGCAGGCUCCUCUCAGUGCAGAAACACCCCAUACCUCAUACUGGCUGUGUGUUACUCUCUUUCAGGUUGAGCAUCUCUCCAGUGUGCCUGCUGGAGAAAACGAUGCUGGUGAGAUAAUCAGAGACAUUCCAGACAUAAACUUAGCUGCUGGAUUGGACCUCUUUCAGGGUGAUAUCUUGCUUCCUACUAACCAGCGAAAUGCCUUACGAAAUGACACCUACAGAUGGAAGUUCCCCAUUCCCUAUAUCCUCGGUGAUGACUUAGAUCUGAAUGCCAAAGGAGUCAUUCUCCAGGCACUUGAAAUGUUCCGCCUUAAGUCCUGCGUGGAUUUCAAGCCGUAUGAAGGGGAGGCAAGCUACAUAUUCUUCAGAAAAGAAAGUGGGUGUUGGUCCAUGGUGGGGGACCUGAAGAAUGGGCAGAACCUCUCUAUUGGGGCAGGGUGUGACUACAAAGCAAUCGUGGAACAUGAGAUCCUGCAUGCUUUGGGGUUCUACCACGAGCAGUCGAGGAUGGAUCGCGAUGACUACGUGACCAUCUGGUGGGAUGAAAUCCUUACAGGCAGAGAACACAACUUUAACAAGUACGAUGACAGCUACAUCACUGACCUGAACACGCCCUAUGACUACGAGUCGGUGAUGCACUAUGCACCAUUUUCCUUUAACAAAAAUGCGAGUAUCCCCACGAUCACAACAAAGAUCCCAGCAUUUAAUGACAUCAUUGGACAGCGCCUGGAUUUCAGUGCCAUUGACCUGGAAAGACUUAAUCGCAUGUAUAACUGCACUUCAACUCACACCCUUUUGGAUCAGUGUUCUUUUGAGUAUGAAAAUAUCUGCGGCAUGAUUCAGGGCACCAGAGAUGACUUAGAUUGGGUCCACCAACAGAGCAGUCCUACAGGGGAGGAAGACCACACGCUUUCUGGGCGCUGUACAGAUGCUGGCUAUUCCAUGUACUUCAGCACCAGCUCUGGAAAUGCGGAAGAGGUGGCAGUCCUGGAGUCUCGAAUCCUGUAUCCCAAGAGGACUCAGCAGUGCCUCCAGUUCUUCUAUAAGAUGUCAGGAAGCUCGUCUGACAAGCUGAUCAUCUGGACUAAGGAAGAUGAUGGGACUGGAAAUGUUCGCAAGAUGAGGAAAGUUGAAACCUUUCAGGCGGACGAUGACCACAACUGGAAAAUCGCCCACGUAACCCUCAAUGCUCAGAAGAAGUUCCGAUACCUCUUCCAAGGACUAAAGGGCAACCCCAGCUCUUCCUCUGGCGGGAUCAUUAUCGAUGAUAUCACACUGACAGAGACCCCCUGUCCCACAGCUGUGUGGGUUGUUCGGAAUUUCAGUCAGAUCCUUGAAAAUGGAUCAACUGCUGUCAUUCAAAGCCCUCGGUUUUACAGCCCUGAGGGUUACGCUUACGGCAUAAGUUUGUACCCCCAGUCCAACAGCAAUGGCUACACCCGCGUUGCCUUCCACUUGUGCAGCGGAGAGAACGAUGCUGUCCUAGAGUGGCCAGCUCUGAACCGCCAGGCCAUGCUCACAGUGCUCGACCAGGACCCUGACGUUCUGAAGAGGAUGUCUGCAAGCAGAAGCUUCACCACAAACAGAGACCAGACAUCGAGUGUAAAUGGAACCUUACUGUGGGAGAGACCAUCAAUUAAUGGAAAGUUUGAUGCCUCGUGCAAUUGCUACAGAACAAGAGACUGGGGCUGGAACAACUUCAUAUCCCACAGCCAGCUGAGACGAAGAAGCUUUCUGAAAAAUGAUAACCUGAUCAUUUUUGCAGAAUUCCAUGAUCUGACUCACCUCAAUAACACUGAAGUCCCCGUUGUGUCCCAGCAAUUUGCUGUCGCAGAGGGCCACACUUUUGAAAGGCAGAAGAGAGCAGCUGAGGAGAUGGAGCCCGUGCAGGGCUGGCUGCCUUAUCUGCAAGACCCGUGUGAUCCAAACCCCUGCCAGAACGAUGGAGUCUGUGUGAAUGUGAAAGGGAGACCAAGCUGCAGGUGCCCAUCAGGACAAGCCUUCUUCUUCACGGGUGAGAGGUGCCAGUCCAUGCAGGUGCAUGGGAGCAUCCUGGGAAUGACAGCUGGUGGAAUUGCUGGGACCAUUGUCUUAACUAUCAUCCUCAUUUCCAUGAUGGCUAGAAGAUAAAGAAAUGCAGAGGGACAAAUCCCAGUCUGGUGUUUUUUCUGUGGUUCACCAGUUUCCAGUGACAAACACAACUUGUACCAGACCAGCCAGCAUCUGGAUGUUGAAAUGCUCCACCAGCAUCUUGGCAGCUGUCCAUUUAUUUCAUAGGAUUUGGCAGUUGAAGCUCAAGACAUGAACUGCUGCCUAAUAAAAGUUCAUAUCCUGCC